AUGCACCUUAACAAAGCUAUUGAGAAUGAUGAUAUUUUCAACCAAAGACAAAGGCUUAUAUUUACUGACCUCUCAACCAGCGGCAGUUUCUAUCUGGUUAACCCUGCAACUAGAGAAUCCAAGAAACUUGCAGAGAUGCCAGAUUACAGAAAAGGGCAUUAUUCCAGUUGCGUUGGUUUUGGUUUUGAUCACUCCUCUAGUGAUUACAAGGUCGUUAUGUUAUGUUUGGGAGGUGGAAUUAUGUUCAAUGUCUACACGUUGAAAACUGGCUCUUGGCGAAUGAUUCAAAGGUGA